AUGGCACCACUUCCCAGAAAGGCUCUGAUGGCUGUAACCAGUGCCCACCCGCCGUUUUGGCCGGAUGGCAAGAAGACUGGCUUGUUUUUCUCCGAGGCAUUGCACCCAUUCAAUGAACUGACUGCCGCUGGUUUCGAGGUUGAUGUUGCAUCCGAAACAGGUACAUUCGGAUGGGAUGAACACUCCUUGACUCAAGAAUACCUCACGAGGGACGACAGCAAAGUCUACAACUCUGAACACAGCCAGUUCAUGGAGAAGAUGAACAACCAAGUAUUCAAAGCUGGCGAUCUAGCAGCUCAUGACUAUGGACUUGUGUUUAUGUGCGGGGGGCACGGGGCAAUGUACGACUUUCCACAGGCCAAACACCUCCAAAACAUCGCACAGGACGUCUACAAGCGUGGCGGCGUUAUCGGUGCCGUUUGCCAUGGCCCUGCCAUCCUGCCUGGGAUCCAAGAUGAGAAUGGAGAAUCUAUCAUCAGAGACAAGACCGUGACCGGAUUCACAACAAAAGGUGAAAUCAUGAUGAAGGUCAUCGAUAAGAUCCGCGAAGAUAAACUCCAUACCGUUGAUGAAUUGGCCCAGUCUGCCCACGCUGAAUAUGUCGCUCCAGAAGACCCUUUCGAUGACUUCUGCAAAAUUGAUGGCAGGAUCAUCACGGGUGCAAACCCUCAAAGUGCCAGAGAUACGGCGAAGGAUACGAUCAAGGUUUUUAAAGGAGUUACAAACGAAUAA